GGCGUCCCCCGCGCGCGCUCGGCGCUGACGUCACCGCAGCCCGGCGCCCGCCGCCAUUGGUCUCGGCGCCUCCCGGUUCCGUCCCUCGCUGCGGCCCCGACGGCAGCGGGCAAGGCCCGGGCAGCUCUGCCAAGGCCCCGGGGGUAUGUGAAAGAAACGGGGGGGGCCGGCCGGCAGGGUGAAGGUGAAGCUGAGGCGCGGCAACGGCGCCGGCCUUACGGUUCCCUCCGGGCCUUUCUCUGAGGAGAAGCUGAAGCGGCGGCGGCGCGCGCGAGCCCGCGGCCCCCUUUUUCCCUUCCCCCCCCCCCCUUCCCCUCAGCCCAGGCCCCGGCCCCGGCCCCUUCCCCUCCCCGGCUGCUGCUUGAGGGGAAAGGAGCCGCCGCCACCCUUCAGCCAGGCCCCGGAGCUCCCUUCUCGUUUUCCGCCCGCUCUCCGGUAGCCUCUCUGCUGAACCACGGCGGCCCGGUACAUGAAUUAUGUCUGCCACAAGCGUUGACCCUCAGAGACCGAAAGGACAGGAUAAUAAAGUACAAAAUGGUUCCUUACAUCAGAAGGAUACAGUUCAUGACAACGAUUUUGAACCUUACCUUUCUGGGCAGUCAAAUCAGAACAGUAGCUAUCCAUCAAUGACUGAUCCUUACCUGUCCAGUUAUUAUCCACCAUCUAUUGGGUUCCCCUAUUCUCUCAGUGAAGCACCAUGGUCUACAGGAGGAGAUCCUCCUAUCCCAUAUCUCACCACCUAUGGACAGCUCAGUAAUGGAGAUCAUCAUUUUAUGCACGAUGCUGUUUUUGGACAGCCUGGGGGGUUGGGAAAUAACAUCUAUCAACACCGGUUUAACUUUUUCCCUGAAAAUCCUGCCUUCUCUGCUUGGGGAACAAGUGGAUCCCAAGGACAGCAGACUCAAAGUUCAGCCUAUGGGAGCAGUUACAGCUACCCACCUAGUUCACUGGGUGGUACCAUUGUGGAUGGACAAACAGGAUUUCAUAAUGAUACAUUAAAUAAAGCUCCUGGAAUGAACAGUAUUGAACAGGGAAUGGUUGGACUGAAGAUUGGUGGAGAUGUUACAACUUCUGCAGUGAAAACAGUAGGUUCUGUUGUCAACAGUGCUGGGAUGACAGGUGCCCUCUCUGGUAAUGGGGGUUCUAAUGUAAACUUGCCAGUCUCUAAACCAACUUCUUGGGCUGCUAUAGCCAGCAAGCCUGCAAAACCACAGCCUAAAAUGAAAACAAAAUCCAUACCUGUCAUCGGGGGAGCGUUGCCUCCUCCUCCUAUAAAGCAUAACAUGGACAUCGGUACUUGGGACAAUAAAGGUCCUGUGGCAAAAGUUCCUGCCCCUCAACAGAUCCCUUCUCCUCAGUCUGUUCCACAGCCACAACAACAAAUUGUUCAGCCUGUUCCAACUCAGCCUCCUGCACUGACCCAGCCUCAGUAUCAGACCCCUCAGCAGCAACCCCAAAACCGCUGGGUAGCUCCUCGCAACAGGAACGCAGCUUUCGGCCAAAGCGGAGGAACCGGGAACGAUGGCAGCUCAGCUGGCACUACCCAGCCUAACCCUGUCCCCAGUGGAGAGUCCCAUCCUGUUCUUGAAAAACUGAAAGCUGCUCACAGCUAUAACCCUAAAGAUUUCGAAUGGAACCUUAAAAAUGGACGUGUGUUCAUCAUAAAGAGCUAUUCUGAGGAUGAUAUUCAUCGUUCCAUUAAGUAUUCUAUUUGGUGUAGCACGGAACACGGCAACAAACGCCUGGACAGUGCUUUUCGGUCCAUGAACAGCAAGGGUCCAGUCUACUUGCUGUUCAGUGUCAAUGGCAGUGGACAUUUUUGUGGAGUAGCAGAGAUGAAAUCACCCGUGGACUACGGCACCAGUGCAGGUGUCUGGUCUCAGGACAAGUGGAAGGGGAAAUUUGAUGUCAAGUGGAUCUUUGUGAAGGAUGUGCCCAACAACCAGCUCCGACACAUCAGGCUGGAGAACAAUGACAACAAACCCGUUACAAACUCCCGUGAUACACAGGAGGUGCCCUUAGAAAAAGCAAAACAAGUGCUUAAAAUUAUUGCUAAUUACAAGCACACGACCUCCAUCUUUGAUGACUUUUCUCAUUAUGAAAAGCGCCAGGAAGAGGAGGAGGUGGUGCGGAAGGAACGUCAGAGUCGCAACAAACAAUAAGAAUAAAUCUAUACACUUUGAUAUAUAUACUAGAACUGAUAUUGAAUUUGAUUAUGAGAAACAAAAUUUAAGUAUGCUGGUGCUGUAUCCUGGCAUCAGGACAAACUAAAAGCUUUCAGCUCCAAUAUAUCUUCUCGUGCAGGGGAAAUUAAGUUGUUGCAUCUUUAAGUACAUUGUAGUUUAUUUUUGCCCAAGUGGAUCUGCAUUAAUUUGUAUCUUUUUUUUUUUCUAUGUAAAAUUCUGUAGAAAUCAUUAAUAAAGGUGUGUCUGGUUUUAUUUUUUUAAGUUGGUAAACAGUUAUAUUAACCUAAUGUGGACCUAUCCAUGAGCAUACUAAAGUGUCAAUGCUUCCCAAAGACUUUCUUUUGGCACAAAUUAUGUUCCUAGCCAGAUACAGAGAUUAUGGAGAAUACAUGACAAAUCUUCCUUUAUCCUCCUCCCAAACCCUUUUUCUUCAUGGCAGAAGUAAGAAAACAUACAUUUGAUUUUUGUAAUUUAAAAAACUUUCAAGAUACUGCACUUCAGAAUUUCAAAAAGCAAAAAAAGCCUCAAUUUCUGAUCACUUUGUGCAGCCUCUUUCUUUCUCUGUACAAUUACACUUUCAGAAAUUGCUGAUGCGCCCAUGUUGGUUUUUUCUGUCUGGUGGAAAAAUCAAAUUGUCAGUGGAAUUGUUUCUCUGGAAAAUAUUUCCCUUUCCCAUUCUGUUAAGCAGUGCUUCAGUGUGCAUUUGUUAGACCAUAUCCUGCCGGGAGUCAGCCAGAUGCUUUCUCUCAGCCAUAAUUCUGCUUUACAGUUUUUGUAGCUUAAUUAAAUAAUAAUAAUGUGAUGCUAUCAACAUUGCAGGGGUUUUGGACAAUGUGUUUAAACCUGUUUCAGCUUUCAGGUGUUAUUAGUUAAUUGCAGAUCAUUUUUAAUCCUUCCCUUCAUUACUCCCCUCCCACUCCCUCCCUCUCCCCCCAGAUCCUAAUGCCAUUUAAAAGUUUUUAUACCAAUAAUGCUGAGCUUUAACGUAGGAACUAAUAGUAUGGAUAAUGGAUUAUGCCUCAGAUGUUGAAAAUUGACAGUGUGUAUGUCUAAUUUUUUUUUUUUCUGUUGGAUGAGUAAAAAAAAAAAAAACAAAAAAAAACAAACCUGUUUUAAGAAACUGAAUUUGCUGUCAUGUUUUUGUGGAGUGAGGGGACCGACGGAGAACCUGUCACCAACUGGAGUUCCAAUUAAGCAUGGAAAUGGUGCUCAUGUCCGCUGCUCUAGCACACUGAAUCUGCACGUGUUUAUUGUAGAGGAUCUUUUACUAUAUUAGAAAGCAAGUAUCUUCUGAAUACUAUUUACUCCAAAAGGACCUCCAAUUUAAAUAAAGUUUAAUCUGUAUCAUUUAGACUUGUAUUUAGAACGUAUAACUCUGUCUCUGGACUGUUACUGCCUGUAAGGGGUAAUGGACAGCAUCAGAUUAACUUUUUUCCUCUAGGAGAAUACAAGCCUUAAUAAACAAUACAUAUUUAGCAA